AGCUAAUUUUUCAGCAUCAUUACUCUAGUCUUCAGUGUCACAUGAUCCUUCAGAAAUUAUUAUGUUAUGCUAAUUUGGUGGUCAAAUAACAUUUCUUAUUAUUAUCAAUGUUAAAAACAAUUGUACAGCUUCAUAAUUUUAUGGAAACACUUUAGAUUCUCUGAAUUAAAUAUAAAGGAUUGAUUUAUAUUAAAAAAAAAUGUUUCCGAACAUAGCCAUGCAUUGUCUUUACAUGCAGUGAAACCUCCUAUACACCAGGUGGCGCAAUUAGCUGCAUAAUCCCAGGAAAGUUCUUGCCAGUAAUCUUCUUAGUAACAGUCCCCCUCCCUCUCAGCCAUCUGCUUUGGCUCAGAAUUUUCUUACUGAGGGCUAAAGAAGAGAUCUGUCCAUCUACCUCAGGAUGUAUAAAGCUUUUGACAGCUGUUGGGAAAAUGAAAGCAAGGACGAUGAAGGAUCGCUGUCCUCCUCCUCCUUCUGGACAGAUCAGGAAAGUGAAGGGGAAGACAGGGACUGUGUUAAGAAAGAAAACAGAGCGAAUGAGAGAAAGCCUGAAGAAGACCAUAAGGAUGUCAAAGAAAGCUUUUUAAUGGGAGGUGAUAAAAACAAGAGGGUGAAGGAGAUGCUUCAAGGAAAUGAGCUGGGGGAGGAGAAAUACCCUGAGGAAGAGAGAGAACGUUUCAUAGAUGAAGAAAAUAAAAACAGCAUAGAGAUAACAAGAACAAGGCAAGAGGAGGAGGAAGAAUGUGGAGAGGAGGAGGAAGAAAGUGGAGAGGAGGAAGAAAGUGAAAAGGAGGAUAAAGAAAGUGGAGAGGAGGAAGAAGAAAGUGAAGAGGAGGAGGAAGAAAGUAAAAAGGAGGGUAAAGAAAGUGGAGAAGAGGAGGAGGAAAGUGGAGGGGAGGAAGAAGGAAGUGGAGAUGAAAAAGAAGAGCUGUGUGAACAACAGAGAGGAAAUGAAAAGGAGGAAGAGGAGGAUGCAAAAGAAAGUGAAGAGGAGGAAAAAGAAAAAGAGCCUGAAGAAGAAGAAGAAUUUGAGCUGUGUGAACAGGGGGAAGGGAAUAAAAAGGAAGAGGAAGAGUCAGAAGAAAGUGAGGAGGAAGAGGAUAUGAGUGAGGAUGAAAAGGACAGUGAGGAGGAGAAAGAAAGCUCCGCCAGUGCAGAAAACGAAGAGACAAAAGCCCAAAGUGAUGAUUCAGAGGGCGAGGAAGAUCAGGUGAGUUUGAAGGAGAGUGAAGAAGAGGAGUCUUUUUCAAAAGAAGACUCAAAAAGUGAAGAAAAGUGUCCAGGCGAAUUAUCAGAGUGUGAGGAAAAGAAAGAGAGCCUCACCAAGCAAGAGAGCACAAGUGGAGGUGGAGAGGAAAAUAGCCAUUUCUCAGGGGAAGGGGAACAGGAGGAAGAUAGUGAAGGCACUGAGGGAAAAAUAGAUGGUGGUAAAUCUUUGGUGAAGGAAGAGAGAACAACAGAGAAUAGCAAACAGAGAGCACCUAACAAUGAGGAAGAAGAGCAAAAAGAUGGUACAGAGGAAAACCCUAAAAACAAUGAGGAGAGGAAUUGUGGAAAUGAAUAUGAUGAAGAGAUUGAGACUGGAAAGAGCAGGCCUGGAGCAGAUGAGUGUGAUGACUGGAUGGAAGAAGUGAAACAACACCAUUCAGGUGAAGAGGAUGAUGAAGUACCAAAAGGAGGCAGUGAGGAAGAAGAGGAGAGAGAGUGGUUUUUCAGUGAACCUGUUGAGGAGAAGGAGGCUUGUGACCAGGACAGGAAGUCAUGGGCAAGUGAUGAUGAUGACUAUGUUACAAUAGCCAGUGGCCAUUCGCAGAAAGAAGAGGAAGAGAAUGAUAACAUGAUGCCUGCUUGGGAACAAGAGCGCGGUGAUGUUCAGCAGAUGAAGGAAACUAGAGACGUUUACGGUGAGGAUUGUCAUGAAAGUCUGGGCAGCCCUGCGGCAAGCGUUUUAACUUCCGGUUACGGCACGUGCAGACCAGACUCGCCUAAAGACGGAGACCCAGAGGAAGUGGAUUAUCGAGACGACUGCACACUGGGUGGAUUAGAAGAAGAGAGCCAUUCGAUCUUAGAUGCUCGUGAUUAUGUGGAUGACAGCAGUCCGGUGUGGUUCAGAGACAGUCGAGCAGUAGAAACAUCUGAUGGACGAGCUCCUGCUGAAUCACCGGAUGAAGAUGAUGGCCAUCGGUCUCCUGAUCAGACCGAGCAGCACCAGAGUCCCACAGAGAAGGACACUAGAACUCGAGAUGGAGGCUCUGAGAAUGUGGCGUAUUUCAGUGACGGUUGGGACCGUCUUGACCACCCCUUUAAUUUGAGGCACAGGAGAGGCAUAGUUCAAAAGAGACUUGAGGGGAAACAGUACGAUGAUGGAUCUAAUGACAGCAAGAAGAGAAGGAAGGAGAAAAGAGUCCGAGCUCAUACUGGCUGCCUUGGUGUGUUACACUGCUUAAAGGGAAUGAAUUAUUUUGUAGUUUUUAGAGGAAUGGCUGUGGAGGAAACAGAAGAAACACAUGUAUUUAUCUUUUAUCCAUGCAUAAGAAAUAUAUAUGUGUGUGUGUGUGUGUUUAAUAAAAAAAAACAACAUCUGUACACUACUGUUAAAAAGUGUGGGGUUGGUAAAAUUCACAUUUUAAAGUAGUCUUGUUUUGUUGUUUUUGGAAGAAGUCUCUUAUAUUCACCAACGUUGCAUUUAUUUGGCCAAAAAUACAGAAAAAAAAAAAAACAGGACCAUUGUGAAAUACUAUUACAAUUUAAAAUGACUUUUAAUUUUCUUUUAUCAUGUAUUUUAACAUU